AUACUCAUCAGUAGCAGAGAAAGCUGCUCCUCAGCCUUUCCCUCAGAGCUCCCAUCAAUGGCUGCCCUCAGAGCUCUGUUUUUUCUCCUCCUCUGCUUCUUCCCCUGCAACAAUGGCUUCCCUUUUCACCGUCAUCCUCGUUCUGCCCACCAUAACUACAGAGACGCCCUCACCAAAUCCAUCCUCUUCUUUGAAGGCCAAAGGUCCGGCAGGCUCCCGCCUAACCAGAGAAUGUCAUGGCGGCGGAACUCCGGCCUCUCCGACGGCGCUGCCAUGAAGGUUGAUUUAGUCGGUGGCUACUACGACGCCGGCGACAAUGUGAAGUUUGGGUUUCCAAUGGCUUUCACCACCACCAUGCUUUCAUGGAGUGUUCUCGAGUUUGGUGGAUUGAUGAAAGGAGAGCUUCAGAAUGCUAAACAAGCCAUUCGUUGGGCCCCUGAUUAUCUCCUCAAAGCCACCGUUCACCCCGACACUAUUUAUGUUCAAGUCGGAGACGCUAACAAAGACCAUGCCUGCUGGGAAAGGCCAGAGGAUAUGGACACUCCCCGGAGUGUUUUCAAAGUGGAUAAAAACAACCCUGGCUCCGAGGUCGCUGCCGAGACCGCCGCCGCACUUGCUGCCGCAUCACUGGUUUUCCGCCGAAGUGAUCCCAUCUACUCAAAGAUUCUAGUCAGAAGAGCCAUGAGAGUCUUUGAGUUUGCUGAUAAGUAUAGAGGGUCUUACAGCACUGGAUUGAAGAAAUACGUGUGCCCAUUUUACUGUUCUUACUCUGGAUAUCAGGAUGAGCUUCUGUGGGGUGCUGCUUGGCUUCAGAGAGCUACCAAAAACCCCAAAUACCUCAACUACAUUCAAGUAAAUGGACAGACACUCGGUGCCGGCGAGUACGAUAACACUUUCGGCUGGGAUAACAAGCACGUUGGAGCGAGAAUCCUUCUCUCCAAGGCUUUUUUGGUGCAAAAGAUGAAAUCUCUCCAUGAUUACAAAGGGCAUGCUGAUAAUUUCAUUUGCUCUCUCAUUCCUGGAGCUUCUUUCUCCUCUACCAAAUACACUCCAGGAGGGUUGCUGUUCAAAAUGAACGACAGUAAUAUGCAAUAUGUAACAUCCACUUCAUUCCUCCUCUUAACUUAUGCCAAAUACUUGACCUCCGCCCAUAUGGUUGCUAACUGCGCCGGCACCACCAUCACCCCCAAAACCCUCCGCUCCAUUGCCAAGAAACAGGUGGACUAUCUUCUUGGGGACAACCCUGUAAAGAUGUCGUACAUGGUGGGGUAUGGAACAAGGUACCCAAAAAGGAUCCAUCACAGGGGAUCAUCACUACCGUCGAUUGGAGCUCAUCCAACGAAGAUCCAAUGCUCAGCAGGGUUCAGUGUAAUGAACUCGGCAGCACCGAAUCCAAACCUGCUGAUUGGAGCAGUAGUGGGUGGGCCCGAUCAGAACGACAGGUUCCCAGAUCAACGGUCGGAUUACGAGCAGUCUGAGCCUGCCACGUAUAUUAAUGCACCACUUGUGGGGUCACUUGCUUACCUGGCUCACUCUUUUGGCCAGCUCUAACUGGAACGACACUUUCCCUCUAAAUGGAGGGGGGGGCACCCCUUUGGGCUUAUUUUCUAUUUAAAAAAUGAAAAAGAAAAAAAAAAGCCUUUUUUUUUUUAAAAAAAAAAAAAUCUUUUUUAGUUUUUAUUUUUAAAGAAAAACGUGAGGGCACA